UACUCCAUCCCCGGGGCUGCUGUCAUUUACUUGCUCAAGAUCCUCUCAUUCAUUCUCCGUUUUCCGGGCGUUCUCUAUCUUAUCAUACUUGCACACUGGUGUUGCGGGUCUUGCUACCACGUCCUACCUCAGUUCAUUUGAGUCUAGUGCGACCUGCAUUGCACAUCCAACCUCGUCACUUGCUUCCGCGCUAGUCGCCUGCGUACCAACGCCCCAAACAUGAUCGCAGGACUUUCCAAAGCAGUCGCCGUUUACCUCGCCCCUGUCCUUUCAUUGACGGGAAUGCUGCUUUCCCUCUUCGCGUUUCUCGCACCUGCCGUGAUACUCCACGACCGCGUUGCAUUGCUCACGGUCCGACCUUCGCUGGCCAUCACGAACCCAGAAUCACAUUCCGACGUGGACGGGCCUAGCGUGUUCAUGGGCGUUCUCGGUUCUUGUGCCCGGUCGGAUAAUGCAGCAUCGAUUAGCUGCACUACACCCUCCGUCUCACCAAUAUAUGACCUCUCAGUGCUUCCUGGGGACGCGCCCAGUUUGCUCACGGCACCCACCACCGCCACACCGGCCUUUAUUGCCGUUUCGCUCUGUUUUUCGGCCAUGUUCUUCCUCCUGUUUACCAUGAUCUCCUUCCGCGCCAAGCUUGGAAGGCUCUCCGCCACCCUCGACAAGCCCAUCGUCCAACGCCUGACCGCCUGGAUCGGACUCUUCGGAUUCAUGCUCGGCUUGUCCGCGUUCCUCAUCAUCCGCAUGUGGUUCGGCAAGGCGGUGGAUGACUUUAACCAGACGAUCUCGAACGCCGGCUCCGACGCACCGGACUUGAUGGCGGCAACCAGCAAUGCAUUCAUCAUGGUUUGGGUAGCAUACUCGUUCUAUACCGUCCCCUUGGUGUGCUCCCUCGCGAAGCUUCACGUCACCGCGACGAAAGCCUGAGCACGCUUCAAAUCGAACAAGUGCUCGCGGAAAAGUCGAACCCAUUCAGCGCGCUGGGCUUGAUGCCAUGCAUUGCGCUAUUCACGACCCUUACGCACCUUCAUACCACGGACCCCAGACAGGCGGGCAAUCCCUUAGAUAUCAAUGCAGCCAUAGCUCUCCCACCGUAUCAUAGCGCAACCACAGACGAUUUUGUACUCUAAUUCGCAACGGUCCAUGAAUACAAU